GCAAAGGCCAAGAUCGACUCCGGGUGGAACCCGCCUAUCUCCUCAGCAGCCACUACCGACAAAGCAGAGGGCAUCCGUAUCCUGUGCGACGCUGGCACCAGCCCCACAACCAAGAAUUCCUUCGGGAUGUCACCGCUAGAGGUUGCCGCUGGGGCAGGUGCCGUGGCAUGCCUGGACGAGCUGGUCAGCCGCAUACAAGAUGAGGUGGACACAUCGAGGGCACUGCACUUUGCCAUGUGGUAUCGAGGCGGUGCGGAAGAGGUCCUUUCCAGACUGAUCAGUGCGCGUGCCGACUUGGAUGGAAGGCUCAAGACGCCGGCAGCAUCACUACUUGGAAUCAGUUGUGCGAGCCUGAGCCUACAGCAUCGACUCGGCAGGAUCACAACAUCCACGCGAAUUGCCUAUCACAGCUACGACAGCACACCGCUUAUGCUGGGCGUGCUUUCUGGACAAUAUGCAGGAGUCUUGGCUCUUGUGAAGAUGGGAGCACGGCUGGACCUUGAAAACUCUCGCAGUCGCACAGCAUGGGACUUGGCCUUGGAAGUGGGCGCACCG